AUGGAGCUGGCCACGGGCGCGCUGAGCCAACUGGGCCAGGCGGAAGCGCUGCAACACUGCCAGGACUUCGUGGCAGCACUGAAGGAGCAUGAGAGAUCCGAUGGAGCCCAAAGCGGGUAUCCCAAAGCAGGCUACUUUGUCAUGACUGUGCCCAUUUGGAUCAAGACCGAGGAGUCCGAUACUGUACGAGUUUGGUAUUUUGUUUCCACGACGCCCAAAGGCAUGAUCAAGGAGUAG